GAACCACUUCCCCGCCCCGCGGGGGCCGGGCCGGGAGCUGCGGGAAGGGGUGGAGCGAAUGGAACGGGGGGAACGGGUAUGGAAUGGGGGAGCAGGCCCCAGCAGGGACCUGGAGGAGGCCACCAUGUCCCAGCCCAUCACCUGCCUCAAGCAGGGAGUUGGCAGGGAAAGCCCCUGCCUGCCAUCGCCUCCAACAGGAUCCCCGCUCAUCUUCCUGCAAGAGACACUGUUUCAGCAGAAAAGUGGGGUCACCUACCGCAUCCCGGCUUUGCUUUACAUCCCCCCCACUGCCACUCUCCUGGCCUUCGCUGAGAAGCGCUCCUCAGCCAAGGACGAGGACGCCAAGUACCUGGUGCUGCGCCGGGGCUGCUGUUGUGGCUCCUCUGUUGAGUGGGGUCCAAUGGAGGAGUUGUCGACAUUGGUGCUGCCUCACCGCCGCACCAUGAACCCCUGUCCGCUCUACGAUGCAACGAGCGGCACCAUCUUCCUCUUCUGCAUCUGUGUUGAGCGAGGAAAGACAGAGCGAUGCCAGAUAUUGAGGGGCUGCAGCGCCGCUCGCCUCUGUUUUGCCACCAGCACCAACAGCGGCCGCAGCUGGACCCCACUGCAGGACGUGACAAACGAAGCCAUUGGCACUGACCUGUCUCGUUGGGCCACCUUUGCCGUGGGGCCGGGCCACGGGGUACAGCUGGAUUCGGGGCGCCUGGUUGUGCCGGCGUACACUUAUUAUAUGCACAAGUGCUUGUGCGGGCUUGUGCCGCUGCCUUGCUACACCCGGCAGCACGCCCUUGUCUUCUACAGCGAUGACAGUGGGCGCAGCUGGCACAAGGGUGACCUGGUUGGUGGCGAGCAGACUGGCGAGUGCCAGGUAGCCGAAAUCAAUGGGAGCAAUGCCCAUCAGCCCGUGCUCUACUGCAAUGCCCGAGCGCUGAGAGGUUGCCGGGUUGAGGCGUUCAGCACUGACCGUGGGCUGGGGUUUGAGCACUCGGAGCAAAGCAAGGUGCUGGGUGAGCCCCCACGGGGUUGCCAGGGUAGCGUGGUGAGUUUCACCCCACCAGCCAGCACCAGGGAUGCAGAGACUUGGUUGCUCUACUCCCACCCCACCGACCGGCACCACCGGCGUGAUUUGGGCAUCUAUCUAAACCCCUCACCGCUGGAUGUGGCAGGGUGGCAACACCCCUGGGUGCUGCACCCCGGGCCAGCCGGUUACUCUGACCUGGCGGUCUGCCCCGACGGCAUUUUUGGUUGCUUGUUUGAAUGCGGCACCACCAGUGCCUGUGAGGAAAUCGUCUUCUGCCUCUUCACCCUGAAAACCUCUGAUUGUGGGGAGGAGAACCCGAAGGCUUCCUAGAACGGACCCAUUUUAGGGAGAUAGUCACUUUCGACCGCCAGUGGCUGGAGCCAGCAAGCAUGGCACCGCCGGGACUUCGCUAGGAUGUUUUGGAUGCACAGGAGGAGCAUCGUCAUGUAGCUUUUAUUAACGCUUGGCUUUUUAAUCACCGUUCAGAUAGAUGUCUGGCUACCUGGAGUGGGUGGAGGAUCUGCUGUGGGUUGUCUGGGGGAUGCUGGCAUUGCACCUGAAAUACCACUGCUUCACUGAAAACCAGCAUUUUUUUACCUGGUAGCAGGAAAAAAAGCAGGUGCCUGUGACAGCAGCUGGUCCCCUGGGGAAGAAUAGCCAAAAAUGAUUGUUUAGUUAAAAAUAUCAGCAAUUCCUGUCUCCCCUCCAUGUGACAGAGAGAGAAUUCCCCUUUUUUACCAUUUUUUAAUCUCUUCACUUUCUUAGUUCAGGCUGAGUUUCACCCCAUAUUCUCAUGGGAUAAAGCACUCAAAUCUCAGGGGCUUUUUAUUCUGCUCCAUGGGGGUUGUGGCAUGCCGACGGUGUCAAUGACCUCACAUCCCCAUGCUGCUGCUAAAUAAAAUCUUUUAAAAAUAGGUGAA